AACGAUAACACUGCAGUCUGGCUUCUUUCACACAACGGGUCUCGCAGAUACACACACUCAGAGUAUACAUUCGUAACAGAUUUGGUCAUCACAAUAUCCUUGUUUAAUAUUAAUCCAGUGAUCUAUUAAGCCAAGCGAGUAUCGUUCAGUCAAUGACAAUGAAUCUGUUUUCUGUGUGUUUAACUCUGCUGCUGUGUCAUGCCUGCGACAGUCAACCGAAACCAGAAACCGAAAGUCCGAUGACAUCACUGAAACAACUGACAUAUACGCCAGACACCCCACAUUUAACUACCACAUUUAACUACUCCCUGCAAACACCACAACAAACUUCUGUAUCAACAAAUAAUACCGAAACAAACACUUCCUUAUUUCAAGAAGAAUCUGGAAACUUAAGCUUAGUGUUAUCUACGACAGAGGCGGUGGGAAAUAUAACUGAAAUUCCUCAACAAGAUGCACUGAAUGAUAACGAUCAAGUGAUGUAUGUAAACAAUUUGACUGAGACAGCAUCGCAAAAAGUUGUCGGAAAAUCAAAUAAGAAUGAUACAGAAGUAAAGUGCAGUGGAUAUCUUCCGGAUGAAUCUAAUGCUCACCAAUUCCAAGUGUUUGCUUUUGAGAGAUGGGUCAUUCAAAAAUGUCAUUACGGUUUAAUCUGGAACCAAGAUCUUUGCCAGUGUGAUUGGGCACCAGGACAUCAGUUUUUUUCUCCAACUGAAGAAGGAGGCUGCGAUCUCACCUUAAACAUUACAUUCGAUGAAAGCAUCAUUCGUGACUACGCAAAAAAUGCUUUUAUAAGUGUUGAGCAAAAAGUAGAAAUACGCCCAGCCAACAGGAACGAACAAGAGGAUAGUCUUAGUGGCUAUUUCGAUCCAGGAUUAUUACGAAUUCUUUUCUUCGCUGGGAACUCAUACAGUAAUCAUCUGAAAAUUGAAUUCUAUUUUAAACGAAUAGAAUUAGCAACAAACUCCACUGAAAUGGUGAUACUCUCUAACGCCUGUUAUGAUAGUGAAAAUAACACCUCUGAAUCUACAUUAAGUCUUACUCUGUUUCCAAAAAUUAAUGUAAUAGGAUUCACCAUAAACGAACACUACGAAGAAGGCCAAGUUAAUUUGGAAGCUGAAAUCUGGCACCAAGUUAACAUUACAAUAACAAAAGGCAACGUUGUAAUAAAUAUGGACGGACAGGAAGUUCUAAAAUCACACAUGUUUCCAGAAUAUAUACGGAAUUCCCAAUGUCCUCUUACCAUUGGAGGUGACCCAACUAAACAGCAAUUUUUCUAUGGUUACAUAGAUGAUAUCUUGCUGUGGAGGCAGUGUUCACCAAAUUAAGGACGAAACUGUGGUUUACAUUUAGGUUCUAUUUGUAACACUUCACA